UCCUAGCGUCUGUGUUCGGCGCAGUCUGAUGACGCAAGCAGACGGUGUGUCGCUGACACGUCACUGAAGUCAGACGUGAGGAAAGAUGGCGAGCACCUAUGAGAGUUUUAACUUACGCACCACACCUGAGAAGUUCUACAUUGAGGCGUGUGAUGAUGGCUGUGAGGACGUCCUGGCCAUCGACAGAGUGUCGACGGAGAUGACGCUCACAGUGAGGAGGGACGUCCCCGUCUCCGCUGACGGCAGGCCCAUCUGUGGACUCAUGGGGACGAUACGUCUGGUAGCAGGUAUGUACCUGGUGGUCAUCACCAAGAAGAAGAAGGUGGGAGACCUGCUGGGACACGCUGUGUGGAAGGCUGCAGACUUCGACAUCAUCUCCUUCAAGAAGACCAUCCUACAUCUGACGGACAACCAGAUGCAGGACAACAAGACCCUCCUGUCCAUGAUCAACGGCGUGCUCCACACGGACAGCUUCUACUUUGCCACAGACUACGACCUGACUCACACCCUGCAGCGCCUCGCCAACACCAGCCCAGAGUUCCAGGAGAUGAGUCUGCUGGAGAGGGCCGAUCAGCGUUUUGUGUGGAACGGUCACCUGCUGAGAGAGUUCAUGACGCAGCCAGAGUUACAUAAGUUCGUGUUUCCUGUGGUCCACGGCUUCAUCGCUCUCAGGUCGAGCUGCAUCAACGGGAAAGUGUUUGAAUGGAGCAUCGUCUCCAGGAGGAGCUGCUUCAGAGCCGGAGUCCGGUACUACAUCAGAGGUAUCGACACAGAGGGCCACGCUGCUAACUACGUGGAAACGGAGCAGAUUGUUCAGUUCAACAGUGCCAAGGCUUCGUUUGUUCAGACCCGAGGCUCCAUCCCCUUCUACUGGUCCCAGAGACCCAACCUCAAAUACAAACCAAAACCUCAGAUCAGCAAAACCAUCAACCACCUGGACGGGUUCCAGAGACACUUCGACUCUCAGAUCAUCCUCUACGGACGACAAGUCAUCCUCAACCUGAUCAACCAGAAAGGCUCAGAGAAGCCUCUGGAGCUGGCUUUUGACAAGAUGGUGAGCAGCCUGGGUAACGGCAUGAUCAAGUACAUUGCCUUUGACUUCCACAAGGAGUGCAGCCGCAUGAGGUGGCACCGCCUGCAGAUCCUCCUCGACAUGGUGGCCGAGAUGCAGGACGAGUUCGGAUACUUCCUGGUGGAUGCAGACGGGAAGGUGAUGUUGAAUCAGGACGGGACGUUUCGCAGUAACUGCAUGGACUGUUUGGACCGGACCAACGUCAUCCAGAGUCUGCUGGCCCGGCGGUCGCUGCAGUCUCAGCUCAGGAAAAUGGGAGUCCUCCACAUCGGUCAGCUGAUUGAGGAGCAGGCAGACUUUGAGAAGACGUACAAGAGCGCGUGGGCAGAUAAUGCUGAUGCCUGUGCAAAACAGUAUGCAGGAACAGGAGCCUUAAAGACGGACUUUACCAGGACGGGGAAGAGGACUCAGUGGGGUCUGCUGAUGGACGGCUGGAACUCCAUGAUCAGAUAUUACAAAAACAACUUUUCUGACGGCUUCAGACAGGACUCCAUCGAUCUGUUCCUGGGGAACUACGCUGUGGAUGAAGGGGACUGGAUGGCUCCUCUGAGAGACCCCAAAGACUGGAAGUUCCUUACGCUGCCGAUCAUCAUGGUGGUGGCGUUCUCCAUGUGCAUCAUCUGCCUGCUCAUGGCCGGUGACACGUGGACGGAGACUCUGGCGUACGUCCUGUUCUGGGGGACAGCAAGCGUGGUGACGGGCGGGCUGAUCCUCUUUAACGGUCAGGACUUUGUCGACGCUCCAAAGCUGGUCCAGAAGGAGAAGCUGGACUGAAUGUGUGCGUGUGGAAAGCAGCUUGGCCCCGGAGAGCUCACUGCCUCUUCUUCACUCUACCCCCCCCAGCAACAUCAUCAUCAUCAUCCUCAGGGCUGGAGCCUGUACUGAUGGAGGCAUGAGAUGAGGAGGAGGGGGAGGAGGAUGAGGAGGAGGAGGGGGAGGAGGAGGGGGCACCGGGGCCGGCCUCCUGCACCGUAGAGGAGUAGAGACAGAGACUGAGGGUGCGGAGGUGGGCUGCUGUCCACACUGCAGCGUCUUCAGGUGGACAGGACUGUCUGUCUGCUGGUUUCACUGGAACCUUUGUUUUUACUGGAUGUCAUAAAUCUCUCGGGGUCGUUCGUGGAUGCUGAGGGAUCAGAUCAGCUGCUGUGAUGUCACAGCUCAGCUGUCAAUCAAUUACUGUAUUGACUCUACAUUUGCCUUUCUGUCUUUCUUCUCCUGUCUUCAGUUUAUUUGAUGUUUUCAUGUAGAGGUGAUCCGGUCCAGGGUAAACUGUUUAAAGACCAGUAAAGGGUCCAUGGAGCUCAGAGGAAGCUCUCCUUUCACAGCCUCAGUCACACAGCCUGUCUGUCACAUGACAUCCUCAGUACCACAGGUAUCUGUUGCCAACCUGUUGAUGGUGCACCUGAGUGGUCUUAUACUUCAUAUGUAAGAGGUAUUUAUGCUUCAGGGGAGUUCAAGUAUCUAAACAAGACCCUGUUUUUAAUGUAUUUGUUGGGUGUUUAUGUUCAGUAGAAGAAGCUUUUGAAUCGCUCCGUCACAUUUCUGCCACCUGUAGCCGUGAACGGAGCUGUGAGGGGCAGAUGAGUCAAAGUGCAUCCUCUACAGGUUAUUGUUUCUGUGACUGACAGCCUCAAGCUUCUCUCUCACACCCUGCCCCCGAAGUGUCCCAAAGAUGUUACUCACACGAGUCGCUCACAGCGUGAACUUCCCCCUGAGAGACAGGAGGGUGGACUCAGGAGGCAGGACAGGAUGCUAAAUGGAGGCUGUGGUCGCCCCCAUGUAAUGUUUACAAAUUAUCCAAGUUGUCGUGAAGCAGAGUCAGUGUUUGUCUUUCUAUCAUCGCUGCGUGUGAUUGGACGUAUUCACAGCAUCAGCAUCACAUGAUGUAAACGUCAUCAGCCCGCCUCCUCACACCCAGGGACGUUACCUGACAUUAACCUACUUUGCUCUCACAUCAGCUCGUCCUCUCUCACAGCAGAGGAGUGAGAAAUAUCAUGUUAGCCUUCACACAUGAACUCAUUCUUCCUCUCUGUAAUGUUCUCUUAGAAUAACAACCUGAGCCUGUCAGGGACAAAAACAAGACCUGUUAGUGGACUCACUUUGAUCCAUCAGGGAUGAGAAAGCUGCAGGAUGGAGAACACAAGUGGUGCAUUUAUAGAAGCUGUUUGUCAUUUAAAACCAAAAUAUAUAUCAAAACAGGCCCAGAGUUCAGAGUACAGGGAAAACACCAACAUACUGUUCAACAGUGUUUCUAACAUUUACAGUAAGACUCAAACGGAUGGGUCAGAUGAUGUUUUUAAAGUGAAGUCUGAAUAGUUUUCAUUAGUUAAAGCAGCAGGUUCAGGACCUGGAGUCUGAUGAGGAGUUCCUGCAGCGUCAGAGACAUGUGAGCAGCUGUUUCUUUUAUGUUUUUAUUUUGUCUGAAUUGAACUUGUCCUUUAACGCUUUAAAAACACUGUGUUGGGCCUUUAUUGGUUUUCCAUCAGCACUGCACAGUCCUCUGCACGCGGGCAGCAGGAUAAACAUAAAUACAUAUCUGAUCCUUUGAUAGAGUUCUGUUUGGACUGGCUCGAGGACACUCUUUAGGUCUCUCCUUUUAAAGCUGGAAUCUUCUCUCUGAUCUUAAAUACUAACGUUCAUAUUGGUUAAUGCUGUGUUCAGGUUUGUCUUCUGAAGUCGAUAUUUAUCCGUCAGUCGCAUCUUAUUCAGUUUAAUAAGGAACGACCAAAUGCAUCCUUAACUUCUGUCUCUGUAAUGUUUGCUUUGUGCUUCUUUAUGCAAGAAGAUCCUCAUGAACAGAUUCUUUCUCAGAUGCAUGUACAGCUGAUUAAAGAGAAUAAUUAUGCCUUAAUCUGAAUUUGGAUAUGAAACUGAAACUAAGUCAAAUAAAAGAUAUAUAACUGAGA